UUGCAGGCUCUAUUUAUUAGUUAUUAUCCUGGUGUGGCAGCACGUGUUGCGCUAUUUCUCUACGAAGUGAAGGUUCUGACGCCUGAAGGCAAUUACAUACAUUCCGGUGUCAUAGUAGCGGCUUGUUUUGUGCGUCUAUGGUGCAUUAAUGUCCUAAUGUUCUACUUGCCAUCAGCUAUAAUUGAAAGAGUUUUUGCUUCGAAAUACGUCGCUGACUAUGAGAGGUGUCCUAGACCGCUGAUAAACAGGGCCAUCAUUUCUAUAGUCUAUAUAUAUUCAGCAAUUACUCCCAUAUUCAACAUGCUCGGUAAACUUUUAUAUGCUCUAUCACUGCAACUAUUUAUAUGCACAAUAGUCAACCCUAUAGAUGAACGCUAUGAACAGCAGACUUGA